CCGAACCCCACGAUUCCCCAAACAUCCGAGAAGGGGUUUCAAGCCCAUCUGCAAAUCUUAUCUAGAACCCAGGGCUGGUCACUUGAGCACAAGCCAUCAUUAGCCUCGGGUGAUAGGAGGGCUUUCUGAGGAGCUCCUCAUGCGUCUCAAAACGCCGCUGAUUGCCCAAACAUGCGAUGUAGGUCUCUUAAUCGAGGACCAACCGCCGCCGUUAGACAACCAAUUCCAGUCUACACCAUGUCGAAAUACCGUGUCCGAUUCGCCUCCAAGCGGACCUUGCCAUUUUCACAUGAUCUCCAGGCACCAGUAUGCGCUUUAUCCCUUAACACAAGCAAGUCUCGUAGUAGCGGCAGGGGCCAACGAAGCCGGUCAGGGUGUCGCGAGUGUCGACAGCGAAGGGUAAAAUGCGACGAAACAUUCCCGGUCUGCAAGCGCUGCCAGCGACGAGGCUCUGUCUGUCAACCGGUGCCACCGACCUCUCAAUGGCUACUAGAAACCCCAUGGCUCGGAGACCACUGUCGGGCCUCGGUCAGCCCUGUGCUAGAUAUAAACGGCAGUGUGAAUCCCCAUUUGAUUCGGUACUGGCUGGAGAGAAUGAGCCGCAUAAUGACUCUGGACCCGGAUAAUAACUGCAUGUCGUUCCCGAUCCUCCGCUAUUUCUCGGUUUCGCCUUCUCUCAUCUACGUGAUCCAGUGCGUGAGCGCAGCCCAUGAACAAUACUUCCAGCAGCAAAAGAUGGCUACCAGCUUGGAACAGCGCGGCAAGGCGCUAUCAUCCCUCCGAGCCGAGCUGGAAACACAAACUGUCCCACUUGCAUAUUCGCUUUUGACCCUGCUCAUGCUCGGCAUGUCCUCCUCCUGGAUCACCCCAAGUCCCAGUGACUAUGGGCGGGAACACCUGAUAGCGGCCCGCGCAGUGGCUAAUCUGGUCCUGGAGCAAGCGGCCUCCCAAGACGAGGAACUCACACACCUGACGAUGGGGUUUCACGUCUACUGGGAUAUGGCUUGCUCGUUCUGUCUGGAUCCCUUGGAUCAACCGACAAGCCAGCGAUCCUCGCUAGCGAAAUACGUGAAAGCGAUGCGACACAAAUUCCACAACAUCACCGCCCACUCGAUGGAUCUGUACUUCAUGCUAGGCCAGUUGGGACGAUACUGUCGCCUACUAGUCGAGGGCGGAGGUCGCGACCUUGCCUACGAGGCCCUCGCCGAGCAGAAUCUCCUGGACUACGAGUCGGCCGAGUCCGAGCGCCCUGCGAAAUUACUGACCGUGGCCUUCAGAAAACAUGGACUCCUGCUCCUCUAUCGGUUCUCUGGCAGGACUCGUGACUCGAACACUUUACCCGUCGAUGCUGGACCAGUCGCGCAGAUUGAAGCCGAGCUCACCAUCCGAGGUCUCGCCCUCGAUAUCCUCGACCUCCUCCAGAAAACGGAAACCGAUUCCCCCUAUCUAAAUCUGCAUACGAUUCCGGUCCUCAACGCUGGUGCCGAGUUGACCUCGCUCGACACAGAAGAGCGCAAGCUCGUCAGGGAACAACUCACGGCAAUAUAUUCGACGAACCGGCUCGUGCCUACCCUCUGGGUCAUCGACCUCUUGGAAGAGCUAUGGGCUACCAACGAUGCAGGAGUGACAAAGAUCACAUGGCUCGAAUUGAUGAUCAGAAAGAACUGGAGGCUGAGGAUUGGAUGAUCAACUACAUGUACUUGACAUAGCCUAGCCAUUGAACAAGCAAAGUCAAGGAAACGUCCCCUUUCCCUCCAUAUCAAUGAAUACAGCCACAUUCGCAAAAUCCUCGCUGCACUCAAACGUAAUUGUCUGUCCCUUCUACAUAAUCAUCACAUCACCCGGGUGCAAAGUAAACUUCUCUCCACCCUCCACAUCGAUCUUGAUCCAACCCUGGGUGACGUAUAGGAAUUCGUCCGUGGGCCAGACCAGGGUGUCCUUGCCCUUCUCUCUCAGCAUCCCCA